ACAAAUUACCCGUAAAACAUCUAGUGAUCGGAGUGCUUUCAUCAAGAGAUCACUUCUCACAGCGAGAAACUGUCCGUCAGACUUGGGCUUCUCACCUAUCCCACAUUCCUAAUGCGAAGUUAGUGUUUGUCUUAGGGGAGACAGACUGUCACCUUCAUCCUGCUGACCGUAAAUCUGUGCAGUCGUGUAAUGAAUGGAUGAUAUCUGAGAGAGAAAUAACAAAUCAUUUCUCAGAAAACUUUGUAAAGCUGGGAGGAACUUCAGGAGACCAGAGUUGGAAUAGAUUUGAGUGUAAUACUGGCCUAGGCUUCAGAAUUUUACACAGUGUAGUAGUUGAAGCUUUUAGCAUAAAAUCUGCUGUUGUAAAGAGAGUCCACAGGAUACUCAUCAUACUACAGGAUGCAGAAGAAGUUCUUGAAAGUGUGAUUGUGGAUGAGGAGAAAUGUGUAGAGGAAGAUGGCUUCUGCGUGGUUAAACUUGUCACUUCUCUGCUCCUGCCAAAGGGAUUUGAAGGGGAGGUACUGAUUCAGAGGAAGGCAGAAGAUGAGGGACUCUGUGAUGAAUAUAUUUUUGAUGGUCACAGAGAUAUGAAUAUGACAUGUCAGUGGACGAAGAGCUCAGCAAUUGAUUUCAAAUAUGUUAGAACGAGAAGAGAUGCAAUAGAGAAAUGGAGUUCAUCUGUUUGUUCUACUGUCUCCCUAAAAUUUACAGUCACAGAGCUUGAUAAAUUAAGAAGACACAUGGACAGCCGUUCUGUUAGAACUAAAGAGUGGAGGGAAUAUAUAGAAGAGAAUAGAAAAAAUAUUGUAGAAGAACAGAAUAAGAACCAAGAUCUUUUGAUAUUGCCAUUUCAAGAUACUUACUCAAAUUUGCCUAAUAAAACUAUGAACUUUUUGAUGUGGGUCACCAAAUAUAACAAAGCUGCUUUUGUGAUGAAAGUGGAUGAUGACACUUUUGUAAAUGUCAAGGAACUGAAGAAUCUGUUAGCUAGUGAGAAUGAUAGAGGUCUUGCUUGGUGGUCACUUUUCCACUUUCACCGGAGUGUGCCAAUCUACGGCAAGUGUGCAGAUGUGAGGUAUCCAGGGCUAACAUAUCCAACUUUUCCAUCUGGUGCAGGGUACCUUAUGACAGGAUCCCUAGCAAGUGCCAUUGCUACCCUAGGCCCUUCCCUACCACUGUAUGUGGGUGAGGAUGUGAGUAUAGGUAUCUGGGUAACAGUCAGUGCUCAGGAUGUGAAGACAAUUGAUGUUCCUUGCUGGCUUCCCCAUCCUACAUGCACAGAACCUAUACUUGAGUCUCAGCUUACAGAAUCCCAGAUGAAAAUACACUGGGAUUUUUAUCUGCAGAAGAGAUAGUAAGGGAGUUCCUCUAGAGCAAUGGUAUUCAUUGCAUAGUUCAUGAUGCUUGCAACACACAAAUUGUUGGCUCUCCAUCCAUGAAGUAUUUUACAAAUUAAUUAAUACCAAAAUUCUAAUAAUAAUAUAUAUAUUUAUUACCUGUUCAAAUACUGAAAGUCUUAAUAAGUUUGCAUGUUUACAUACUGGCCUCAUCAAAUAUCUCUCUCCAGCUCAGCUGCUGGGAAAUGACAGGUGUCUGGAAGCUGUUAAUCUUAAAAAAAAUUAUUUGAACUUUUUGUGGCAGAUUUGGAGGGAAGCAUUAGCUUUUUGUCAGCAAAUCAUAUUUUAUUGUAGGACCCAAAAUGAGAGACAGACUUUGCAUCACAUUUGUGAGAGACUUAAUAUAGUUUUUUUUAUAUAAAAAGAGUUGAUUAAUUGCUAUGAUAAAUAUCCUGUAAAUAUGUCACAGUAUAUAGAAAAUGAGCGUUUGCUUAAGUUGCAGCUCUCAUAGUGAAUGUAAUUCACCAGAGUGGCUCUUGCAACAGUUUGAGAACACCAAUGCUUUAGAGGAUUGCCUAGGUAUUACUUUGUAUCUUGAAUUACUCAGCCAUGUUUUAAUCUUAUAGCUUGAUGUCUAUGUUUGAUGUUUGUAAAAUAUAUGAAGUGUAGGAGAUGAAUAAUAAUAAUAAUAAAAAAAUCAUAUUUUCAGAAUAAGAUUUU